UGCAGACUUUGCCAAGAACAGACCGAGGACGACAACAUGGAGCCAGGCGCCGCUUUGCUGCUGUUGAUCGCAGUUUUGGGGACGAGUUCAGCCCAGUUCUACGGAGACAGCAUCAAUUUCCAGAAGCCUCGGGUGAAUAAAGAUGGAACAGUCCAGGUGACCUUCUACCACAGGCAGAACGGCAGAGGCCACUGCACCAACCAGUCGUCCCUCCGCUGUGUGGAUGGAGCUUGUGUUGGCGUUGAUGCGGUGCUGAUCCAGGAGACAGACAGAACCAGUACUGGUCAGAACCGGUCCUGCCAGACCGAAGGCUACAAGAGCGCCACCGUCUUUGCCAAUCAAACCUCUCUGAGUUUAAGUGUCUCAGGCUGCUGCUGGACAGCUAAUGCUGAGGGAAAAACCAACUGGACCACCCAGGCCGAGCUGGACCUGGGAACCCGAUCGGACUCCCACGCCAUCAACCGCUGCCCUGUGACUACCACUGUGUCCUCUCUACGAAUUCCUCAGAACUGUUUCACCAGAGUCCGUCUCCUGGCGCAUGAUCCAGACGGAGAUAAAGUGAGGUGCCGCUUUGCUGAUGGAGCCAGUGCCCCGACCAACAUCACUCUGGAUGAGGCUGCAUGCACACUGCAAAGCACAGGCCAGGUCCAGGCUGGCGUGCACGUGUUUGAGGUGAUGGUGGAGGACUUCUCCUCCAAAAACAUCACUCUGACCUACAGAGAUGGGACCUCUGCGGUUCGGACCGGCUCUGAUGCAAACGCAGCGCCUCUUUGCAGUGUUAAGCUGCAGUUUGUCAUUGAGGUCCUCCAGGCAGCGAGCUGUGGCACGCUGCCCACGUUUCUGUCCAGGACACCCUCACAUGGAGACAUUCUUCACGCCGCCGUGGGCAAGGCCUUCCACCUUGUCGCAGAAGCAAGGGCUACAUCUCAGAUCACAGACUUCCAGGUCAGCGGCCCCCUCAACAUGAACAAAAGCGUCAGUCUGGGCGCCCAGGCACAGCUGAGUCUGAACUGGACCCCUCAGAGCUCGGACCUCUAUAGAUUUGUCCCAGUCUGCUUCACUGCAGACACACUGAACAACACGCAGUCAGAGAUGAGAUGUGUUGUUGUCAUGGUAACCUCAGCAUCUACUGUUCAAGGCAAUGCCACAGUACAAUGCUCUCCAAACAAGAUGGUGAUUAUCCUGGAAAAAGCUUCCAUGCCUGGUAUUGACGUCAACUUCCUCCAGUUGAUUGACCCGUCUUGCUCCCUCUCGUCCAACGACACUCACAUCAUGGGCGCCAUGUCCUUCAGCACCUGCGGCACAGAACUCGAGGAUAAAGGGGACAACAUGGUUUUCAAAAACCGGAUCAACUCCUUUGUACAGCCCAAUGAGGUCAUUGUCCGAAGAAGGACCAUAAAGAUUGACUUUUCCUGCGAGUUUUCCAAAACCAUCAGCAUCUCCAGCUACUACAACCUCCACAACUCCGACUACAUCUUCACAGAGUCCAGUUUUGGAAGCUUUGGCUACGCCUUCGACAUCUACCGGGACAAUAACUUUACUAACAAGGUGGAGCCCAGUGCCUACCCGGUGCAGGUCAUGCUAAUGGACACGAUUUACAUGGGAAUCCAGGCAAACUCUGAGCUCCCAAACGUGACUGUGUUUGUCGAGUCCUGCAAAGCCACUCCAGACGACAACCCUAACAAUGGCGUCUCUUAUGACCUGAUCAAAAACGGGUGUGUAAAAGAUGAGACACUUAAAAGGUACCCAUCCAAUCAAACUUCUUACAACUUUGAAGUGCAGGCCUUCAAAUUCACUGGAAACUUUGACCAGGUUUACAUCACCUGUUCCGUCAUCUUGUGCGAGGCAAACAAUCCCUUUUCCAGAUGUGCUCAGGGAUGUUUGAAUGAACCCUUCCGUCGACGCAAAAGAGCCCUAAGCAAGGAGACGCGCGGCCAUUACAUCAUCCAGGGACCUCUGCAGUUUGUCAGACCAGCAGCCCCCAUCAUGACGGAAGACAUGCUGGAGCCUGAGAUGAAAAGGAUGGAUGUCCCUGCUGCAGUGAAGCCUCCAGCAGCCGCUUCAGAGAAUAGACCUGACCUCAGAUCCGAAACCAGGUCAGGCAGUCAGGGUUCUGGAGCCAUGGCGGUCCUCUCAUCCAACCUCACCACAGCGGUCUUUGCAACCGCCUUUGUCGUGUCUCUGGUGUUGCUGGCUUUGGUCGUUCGUCACUACAGCAGGAGGAGGACAGCAGAGGACCGCAAAGUUCUCAUCCAAGAAGACGCUCAGACCUAAAGCCGACAGCAACGCUCAUCCUUCCUCCUUCUCAUAUACGUCACCCAACAUGCUUAAAUUCAUUUGUAAUGUUGACAUUAAACUUCAGCAGAAUUUUCUUCAUGCAAGCAGAUCUACUAGAAAGGCUCUGAGAGAUCCAAGCAAAAAGGUUUCAUUCUUACUCUGUUAGAAAAACUAACGUCUGUAUUCUCUGCGCUAUUAUGAAGAGGAGAAGGAGGAGUUUGAUCAUCAAUAAUAUAUGCAUUACUCUUAUAAAUAUAUAUUUCUGUCAGCCUGCAUUUUAUGAAACAUUACAAGCACUGUGAGGGCUUUAAAAGGUGGAACAAUGACUUCUGUCAGAUGGAACGAGAGGGUGAGGACAACCAGGGAAGACGGUGAGAAGUUAGAAGAAUGUUGUUUUUGCAGGCUGGUCAAAGUGUUGUAAAUGGACAGGAUGACAUUCCUGGAGCCGUUCGUCGGCGUCAACAUGUCUGUCUGAUGUCCUGUCACCAAUUCAGGCAGUAAACCACCUGGUUGUGAUCUUGCUGACGUGAAAACAGGAUGUGGCUGCUUUGGUUCGGUUGCUCUCACAACUGGACAGAACAAACGUCUGACCAUCAGUCAGAGAUCCAGACUUCUUCUUAGGGUUUGAUAUCCUCUUAAAUGCUGGGACUCUGGUUUCCUCUCUUUCUUUUUAACAUAUAAUUUGACAGUUAUUUAUAUCAGAUUAUUUUGUUUAUCUAUACAUAAAUUUAAGAGGGCACUAUCAUGACUCUUGACAAAAAAUAAAAUGCCUCUGGGUGUGUUUGUUU